AUGGAGACUGCUAUCAGCAAAACCAGUGAAUCAGAGGAAGACUAUGGCGAGGAAGAGGAGUCAGAGGAGGAAAGUGUUAAAAAGGCUACAGACCCCUCUAAUGCUUCGCAACAGAGCAGCACAGAGGCAGGUGGGAAUGGGGUCCCCGCUUCCACUGUCAAGAAGUCUCCGAAGAAAGUAGCAGCCCCAUCUGAGCCAGAGGACUCUGAUAUUGGGAGGAAAAGGAGACGUCGGAAGCGAAAGCUCCUGACUAUCAACCUGACCAAUUGCAAGUAUGAAAGUGUUCGACGAGCAGCCCAGCUCUGUGGCCUGAAGGAAGUGGGGGAAGAUGAAGAAUGGACAGUUUAUUGGACUGACUGUUCUGUCUCACUGGAGCGUGUUAUGGACAUGAAGAGGUUUCAGAAAAUCAACCACUUUCCAGGAAUGACAGAAAUCUGUCGCAAAGAUCUGCUGGCCCGGAAUCUCAACCGCAUGCAUAAGCUCUAUCCUUCUGAGUAUAACAUCUUCCCCCGGACCUGGUGCCUCCCUGCAGACUAUGGGGACUUUCAGAACCAUGGACGUCAGCGGAAAACUCGUACUUAUAUCUGUAAGCCAGACAGUGGCUGCCAGGGACGGGGUAUCUUCAUCACCCGGAAUCCUCGGGAGAUCAAACCAGGAGAGCAUAUGAUCUGUCAGCAGUAUAUAUCUAAGCCCUUCCUCAUCGAUGGCUUCAAGUUUGAUAUGAGAAUCUAUGUCCUGAUCACAUCCUGUGACCCACUUCGUGUCUUCAUGUAUGAAGAAGGCUUAGCCCGCUUUGCUACCAUGCCGUACAUGGAACCCAGCAUCAACAAUCUGGACGAUGUCUGCAUGCACUUGACCAACUAUGCCAUCAACAAACACAAUGAGAAUUUUGUCCGGGAUGAGACUAUAGGCAGUAAGAGGAAGCUGUCAACACUCAAUACCUGGCUGAGGGACCACAGCUACGAGCCAAGAGAACUGUGGGGGGAUAUCGAGGACAUCAUCAUCAAGACUGUAAUCUCCGCUCAUUCCGUCCUUCGACACAACUAUCGAACCUGCUUUCCACAGUAUUUGGGUAGUGGUACUUGUGCCUGCUUUGAGAUCCUUGGCUUUGAUAUAUUACUGGACCACAAGCUGAAGCCCUGGCUGCUAGAGGUAAAUCACUCUCCAAGCUUCACCACAGACUCAUGCCUUGAUCGGGAAGUGAAAGAUGCACUUCUUGGUGAUGCCAUGAACCUUAUCAACUUACGAGGCUGUGACAAAAAGAAGGUGCUAGAAGAAGAUAAGCGGAGAGUUAAGGAACGACUUUUCCAAAGUCAUCAACAGCCACGAGAAUCCCGAGAAUCCCGGUAUUCUGAUCGAGAACAAUUGGAGUCAACAAAUGCGGCAUUGCUGGAUCAAGAGAGGUAUGAGAACUCCCACCUAGGUGGCUAUCGACGUAUCUACCCUGGGCCAGACACUGAAAAGUAUGCACCAUUCUUCAAGCACAACGGCUCCCUUUUCCAGGAGACUGCUGCCUCCAAAGCCAGGGAAGAAUGUGCCAGGCAGCAACUGGAGGAGAUCCGCCUGAAGCAGGAACAGCUUGAGGCCACAGGCAACAAUAACGUCAAGAAGAGGAAAGAAAAUAAGGAUGUCAACCAGGGUGAAUCAGCAGGAGAGAAGACCAGGCCCAGAGUGGGGCCCAAGAGCCUGCCCUCUCGUCUGAGCUACAUGAGGUCUAGGAACCAAGAAAAGCAGCUGCCAACAGUACAGGUGGACACCAUGCAACCUCAAGAUAUUGUGGAGGAAGAGGAGCUGGAGCGGAUGAAGUCCCUUCUCCAAAGGGAAAAUCUUAUUCGUAGUCUGGGUAUUGUAGAUCAGCUUACCCGUUUGCUGCACCCUACUCAACGAUCCCAGAACAAAUUCCCUUCAAAUCGGCCCAAGAACCUCAACUGGUUAGGUACCUCUUCUACGUUAGGUACCUCUUCUACAGGCAGUGGUUCGAACUCACUUACAAUGAAGAAGUCAGGCAGACGUUAUUUUUCCAGUGCCCGAUGCAAGCAUGAGAGCCAGGGCCAAACAAACAGAAGGCUAGAAGCUAUGAACCGGGCAUUGGCAGGAUCAGUGCCACCCUCCCUAACCCCAAGGCAGGGCUACCUUCUGCACCCUGAGAGAGAGGCAAGUGAUUCCUGGGCUGGCUGCAGCUUGCCCUCCAUGACAGAAUCCAGGCAUAGAGCCACAACCCGGGAGCUGACUUUGUGUCCUGCCUCAGCACCCCUUCUCCAGCACUCUACUGCACUGGGUCUCCUCAACAUCAGCAGCCACCACAGGUGAUGGUCCAGAGCCCAGGGCCGGAAGAAUGAACCCACUGGUCCUUGGAAAUCAGCGAGCAGACGUUAACAUCUGGGCCGAAAAGAGAGCAGGUGACUACUCCCUAGGUCCGACCUCGGACCCGAGCACAGCGCGUAGGAACACAGAGCCGGGUGACCGGGCGUGGGGCUGCCAGCGCUCAGGAGGAUGUCGGCGUGCUGCGGUGUGACGUGAGGCCUGGAGUGCGUGCGCCGGCCGGGGUAGGGGCGCGCCGCCGCCGCCGCCUAGCGACCGCCCCUAACCGACUGGGGCGGUACCAGGGCAGCCACGGCCUGGGCCGAGACUUAGCUCUUUGCAAUUGUAUUCGUCUUUUUAUUAAAGUUUUAUAGCGUUUCCCUUCCUGCCUGUCACUUCCCCAGCGCCUCACGCUUCAGGGACUGGACUAGGGGGCCCUAAGCCCCUGAGCUGUUGUCCCCUCACCUGUCACUCGAAACUGGGCUGGGAACGACCCGA